AUCUACCUUCUCUUCUCAACUUAUUAGCUAAUUAUCUCACUCGCUCCCUCACUCACGCAGUCACGCGCUCUCUCAUUUCAUCUUCGUUCACUGCGCAAAGCCAACUGCGAGAGAAACUGAAAAAGAAGACACAAAGAACCAUAUCAGUUCAAUCUUUAGGGUUAGGGCUAUCCCUAAUCCGCGAAGCAGAACAGAACAAUCAAGAUGGGCGCCAAUUCGAUUUCUUCAGAUUCAGUCACCGAUCUCGAUGAGCAGAUCUCGCAGCUCAUGCAGUGCAAGCCACUCUCCGAGACCCAGGUUAGAGCAUUAUGUGACAAGGCUAAGGAGAUACUAAUGCAAGAAAGCAAUGUUCAGCCUGUGAAAAGCCCUGUGACAAUCUGUGGCGAUAUUCAUGGGCAGUUUCAUGAUCUUGCAGAACUUUUUCGUAUUGGAGGGAAGUGUCCCGAUACCAAUUACUUGUUUAUGGGAGAUUAUGUGGACCGUGGUUAUUAUUCUGUUGAAACUGUGACGCUCUUAGUGGCUCUGAAAGUGUGUUAUCCACAGCGAAUAACCAUUCUUAGAGGAAAUCAUGAAAGUCGCCAGAUUACUCAGGUUUAUGGGUUUUAUGAUGAAUGUCUACGAAAGUAUGGCAAUGCUAAUGUUUGGAAGACCUUCACAGACCUUUUUGACUAUUUUCCAUUGACUGCAUUGGUAGAGUCAGAAAUAUUUUGUCUACAUGGUGGAUUGUCACCGUCAAUAGAAACCCUCGACAACAUAAGAAAUUUUGAUCGUGUCCAGGAGGUUCCUCAUGAAGGAGCAAUGUGCGAUCUUUUAUGGUCUGACCCAGAUGACCGAUGUGGUUGGGGUAUAUCACCUCGUGGUGCUGGAUAUACUUUUGGACAGGAUAUAUCUGAGCAAUUUAAUCAUUCAAACAACUUGAAGUUGAUUGCUAGAGCACAUCAGCUUGUAAUGGAUGGAUUUAAUUGGGCUCAUGAACAAAAGGUGGUUACCAUAUUUAGUGCGCCUAAUUAUUGUUAUCGCUGUGGAAACAUGGCUUCUAUAUUGGAAGUCGAUGACUGCAAAGGUCACACUUUCAUUCAGUUUGAGCCAGCUCCUAGGAGGGGGGAGCCUGAUGUUACCCGUAGAACUCCUGAUUACUUCCUAUGAAUGAGCCUUCUACUGUGCCGCUGUCCCUGCUCCUGGUGCUGCCUCUCAAUCCUGAUAUCAAGAAAUAUAUAUCUACUGAGUUCAUCUAUAGAACUUUCUUUGCAUGCUUCUGGUGGAUAUAUAAACUGAAAAGCAUGUAUGAUAGGGCAGGUUUUGUUUUUUUUUAUCUUUUUCUUAUGUUUAUAUUUGAAAUGAUGCUUAAUAUUCUCCACAAUUUGCUAAAGCUAAUGGCAGAUCAUCAGCAAUAGAUAUUAUCUUCCUAGCAGAAUUGUGAAUACUCUUGUUUUAUUUCCACGUUCAACUAAUGUCGCAUCCUUCUGGAGACAAGUGGAUUAGAUGUUAAGUAGAUGCUUUUGCUUUUCUUUUUAUCUUGUAAUUGUGAGCAAGAGUUGUUUGAAAAAAUAUAUUACUCUCUCUCUCUCUUCAACAGUUA